UACCUAAAUUCUCAGUUCUCUGAUGCAUACAACAUUUAUCUUGAAAUCUUGCAUCACAUUGACCACCAUUUGAAUGAAGCACUCCAUCACAACAUGCCUAAUUGGCAUCUACUCAAUGGAUGUCCAUGUUGUACUUACAAACUCAAAGAUGAGCCACCACUAGCACUUCAGUGGCUUGUCUCUAUUGAUGGCAACAACAGCCUCAAAAGAUGGGCGUCCUCAACAUAUGGUGUUACUCCAUGGCAAGACUCUCGAAAGCCUUGUUCUGACUACUGGGUUGAUCGUGCAAGUGUUGAUAUAUUCAGAGAUGAAGUUCAA